AUGCUGCUUGCCUCCCCGCUGACCGUCGCUGUCGCGGUGUUGCUGCUGGCGGCGGUGUACCUGGCCCGAUGCCUGCGAUCGCCACUCGCCCGGCUGCCGGGGCCGUCGAUUUCCAAGUUUACGUCGCUGUGGCUCAAGUGGAACGAAAUAAACGCGACCAGGACCGUCUACAUCCACGCGCUGCACCGCAGGUAUGGCCCCGUGGUCCGGGUGGCGCCCAACGAGGUCGCCUUCACGUCGUGGGCGGCCGUCAAGGAGAUUUACUGCUCAGGCGGCAGUGGCUAUGACAAGACGGAGUUCUACGACAUGUUUACCAUCUAUGGACGACGCACCAUGUUCACCACGCUGAACAAGGCAGAUCAUGCAAAGCGAAAACGUAUCCUGGCGGAUCGCUACGCCAACACCAAUAUCCUUAGAAGCGCCUCCAUGGCCGGUAUCCAGGAACGGUCGACCAAGUUUGUGCGCCGUUGUGCGUCGGCCUCGGGAGCCGCUGACGUCUUUUCCUCAGAAGUGCUGACCGGUUUAGCUUUACAUGCCUACGCUUGCGACUGCAUUACCCAUCAUUUGUUCCAUCCCCGCGGCACCGACUGCCUGGAGAACGAGAAUGACGAGAACAUGAUGCACCAAGUAGCAUCAGAUGACAGUCUACAAAGUGCGCCCGAGCCUCGAUCCCUUCAUGACCCAGCACUGACCUUGGCAGACCGUCUCAUCUCCCACUACGCACCCACGCUGCACCGUCUUUUUGGCAGCGUCCUGUACUUGUUUGCGAAGCCUCGGGAGACACCGCUGGCCGACAACUACGUCCUCGAAACCAGCAAGAGCCACGACCCCGCCACAUUUACCCUCAUGAGCCGCUUGGAGGAAAAGUCGGCCGAGCUGGAGCCCAUCGACAUGGCGGCCGAGUGCCUCGACCACAUGGCGGCCGGCAUCGACACCACGGGUGACGGGCUCUGCUUCCUGCUGUGGGAGCUGUCGCAGCCGCGCUCGCUCCGGGUGCAGGAGCGGCUGGCCGCGGAGCUGCGCGCGAACCCGGCGGCGCCGCUGGACCAGCUGCCGUACCUGGACGCCGUCGUGUGCGAGGGCCUCCGGUGCUACCCGCCGAUCCCCAUGUCGCUCCCGCGCUACGUCCCGGAGGGUGGGCGCGUGGUCGACGGCUACUGGCUACAGGCGGGGACGAUUGCCAGCUGUCAGGCGUUUUCGGUGCACCGGAUCAACGAUGACUUGUUCCCCGAGCCGGACGCUUUCAAGCCGGAGCGCUGGCUGGAGGAGGAGGGCGAUGCGGAUCGACGGCGAUUGUUGUUCGCUUUUGCAAAUGGAGGGAGAGGAUGUAUCGGGAAGCACCUGGCUCUUGCGGAGAUGAAAACUUUGCUUCGGGACGUCUACUCCAGCUUCACCACCCUGCCGGACGCGUCUAUGAAGGAGGAGGCGAUGGAAAUGUCAGAUCAGCUUAUUUCUGCCAGGCCGAUAGGGCAAAGGUGUCUGCUGCAUUUCCGACCCCGAGAGUAA